AUGGAGAGGUUUUUGCCUCUAUGUUACUACCUUAUCAUAUUAUGCUUGAUUAUAAGUGGGGUGGCUGCUCAAGAAAACCAACCUCGGCCAAAUCAGCGGCUGCCACAAACACCUGAUCAUCCUGGGAGACCUAAAGAUAAAUCACCACCACCACCACCACCAUCACCUUUAAAGCUGCCGCAACCACCACCACAUUCACGACCCUUAGCACCACGCCCUUUUAUAUCACCAACUUCUUAUUCACCUACGCCUUCAAUUACGAUUAAGUCUCCGCCUCCUCUUACUCUAACAAAAACUCCAUGUCCUUCUCCUUAUUCAACCUCAAAGCCACCACACCCUUCCAUGCCACCAACUUCUCCUCCUUCUCCUACGCCUUUAACUACAAUCAAGUCUCCGCCUCCUCCUACUCUAACAAAAACUCCAUAUCCUUCUCCUCAUUCACCCUCAAAGCGACCACGCCCUUCCAUGCCACCAACUUCUCCUCCUUCUCCUAUACCUUCAACUACAAUUAAGUCUCUGCCUUCUCUUACUCCAACAAAAACUCCAUAUCCUUCUCCUUAUUCACCCUCCAUACCACCAACUUCUCCUCCUUCUCCUACGCCUUCAACUACAAUCAAGUCUCCGCCUCCUCUUACUCCAACAAAAAACUCUAUAUCCUUCCCCUUAUUCACCCUCAAAGCCACCACGCCCUUCCAUACCACCAACUUCUCCUCCUUCUCUUGCACCUUCAACUACAAUCAACUCUCCGCCUCCUCCUACUCCAACGAAAACUCUAUAUCCUUCUCCUCAUUCACUCUCAGAGCCACCACGCCCUUCCAUGCCACCAACUUCUCCUCCUUCUCCUACACCUUCAACUACAAUUAA